AUGGAGAGAAUUAAACUUCUCAAAAACAUUCAUCAUAUCUCUAUCAUUGCCAUUUUAGAACCUUUCUCUGACAAUACUCAACUGCAGUACUUCAGAAAUCUUCUCAAUAUGGACUAUGCUACUCAUAAUCCUAAUGGUAAAAUUUGGAUUUUCUGGACAAAAGAUGUGAGUUGCACUAUUUUGGAAAAUGAGGAACAGCUGAUCACUUGUGACAUUAACCAUGUUAUGAGCCCUAAUCAGUUCAUUACUACAUUUGUGUAUGCCAAGUGUAAGGACCACCUCAGAAGACCUCUAUGGGACAGCAUGCUGCAGCAGUCCAUUACUUCUCUUCCAUGGUGUACUGUAGGUGACUUCAAUGUUAUUACUGACCCUGAAGAAAAACUUGGGGGGGUCAUGUAUAAUAUGAGAAAGAGCCUUGAGUUCAUUAGUAUUAUAGAGGCUAGUGGCCUGCAAGACCUUGGCUUUACAGGGCAGAAAUACACCUGGUGCAAUCAAAGAGGCAUCAUGUCCAGAGUAUGGAAGAGACUUGAUAGGGGAAUGGUUAAUGAUAAAUGGCUGGAAACCAUGCCCCUUACUUCCAUAACUCAUCUCCCCUCAGUUGGUUCUGAUCAUUGCCCUCUACUUAUGGAAAUGAUAGAUCAACAUCAUAAUCCCAUCAUAUACUUCAAGUUCCUUAACUGUUGGCCUGAACAACCUUCCUUUAUGGAUCUUGUUGAGAACUGCUGGAGCAGGUCCAUUGAGGGUAAUCCAAUGUGGAUCUUUCACAUGAAGAUGAAGAGGCUUGCUAAUACUCUUAGUAACUGGUCUAGGAACCAAUUUGGUGAUAUCUAUGCUAAAGUUAAAGAGUAUGAGGAAGCUGUUAAACAAGCUGAAGAGGACCUGAUUAACAUGCAAUCCAAUGAAAACAGAUCCAAGCUCCAUGCCAUCAAUGCUGAAUACAUCAGGUAUAUGAAAAUGGAGAAUACUAUCCUUAGGCAAAAGACUCAGCUGCAGUGGUUUAAAGAAGGUGAUAUGAAUUCUAGUUACUUCCAUGCCCUGAUUAGAGGCAGAAGAAGGAAGUUGUACAUUCACAGGAUUCAGACUGAGGAAGGCUCAUGGGUGCAGGGUGAUGCUGAAAUAGCUGAGGCAGCCUGUGAGCACUUCCAGCAGAUCUUCACAGGGGAAGAGAAUUACAUCCAGCAGCAUAACCUUUAA